UUAAUUGAUAACUAUGCAUGUUUAGCAUUUCCUAAUCGACGGCGCUCUAGAAUGUUUCAUAGCGGACGGCUCUCCCGGCACUAAAAUGAUGUGUAAUGUUAAGUCAUCGGUUUGCAACCCUAGUAUGCAGGGAGAAAUGGCCGCCUGUGCCAUGAAAGAGGCCAAAAUGCACACCAUCGACAUGGCCAAGUUAAUGUCCAUGGCCGGCCACCUUGGCAAACUUUGCAAUUUGUUGGCUGAAGGGAGUCAUAGAGAGUGUCGAGCGAUUCUUGAGUACACUCUUGAGGGCCACGAAUGGGGAGGUAUUGACGCGUUUGGCCGCAAUUUCUUUCGGGUCAUCCGAAGCGACCAAAUUCUUCAGAUUCUGCCAUUCAGUCUUAUCCAUAGC